GCUGUCGGGGUAAACACGUUCUAAACUCCUUGUACUGAUGUUUUUGUCAGGGUUUCGUAAAAUCUGCAGAUUCGUCAAUUUCUACAGAAAAUGUUGACUGCACUGGGUCACAUCCAGUUCCUGCGCUUUGUCGGUACAGCUGUUGUUGUUUUUGGUGUUGCACCACAAUACUUAAUAACUUGGCUUACAUGGAGACUCGCUUCCCUGCCCUUGCCUAGGCGCGUCUACGAACGAGGAGAUGAGUUUAUGUACGACACCUACCAAUCACUCAUCUGCUUCUUUUUUGAGACUCUAACGGGAGCUGAGGUUAUCCUUUAUGGUGACCAAAUUCCAUGGAAUAAGCAGGAAAAUGUGAUUGUGUUAGGUAAUCAUCAAAGUUCAGUGGACUGGAUAAUCACUGAUUUCCUUGCUAUCAGGCAAGGGUCAUUGGGAAGACUUCGCUACGUUCUAAAGAAUGGGCUGAAAUAUUUACCUCUAUAUGGUUUUUACUUUGCUCAGCAUUCAAGUAUAUACGUUAAACGCAGUGGAGCCAAAGACCAAGAUUAUGUGGCCAGGAAACUUACAGAAAUGAAGGCUCGAAAUCUACCUAUGUGGUUAGUCAUUUUCCCAGAAGGCACACGAUACAAUGUAGACAAUAAAGCAGUGAUUGAAAAAAGUCAAGCAUUUGCAGCUGACCAAGGACUGCCAGUCUUAACCCAAGUACUUACCCCAAGAACAAAGGCUACUGAGGCCAGCUUUGAGGUUUUGUCUUCCGACUAUUUGGAUGCUGUUUACGACUUCACUAUUGCCUUUAGCAUAGCGAAUGAGAAUCAUUUUCCACGCAGACCAGCCCCAACUAUGUCUGAUUUCCUUAUUUCAAAAGGACAGCAAGUCCAUGUGUACUGCCGAAGGCAUGAAGCUAAAGAUCUUCCUAAGGAUAGUGAAGGAAGAAAAUCCUGGAUUCACCAAACCUUUGCGGAAAAAGACAGAAUUUUGAAUAAAUUUUACCAAGAAGAUGGAAGAAUGCCUGGGGUUCCACGGAAGAGGAGGUUGCCAUGGACAAGAACUUUCCCAUAUUUUGUGUUUUGGAUGGCAACACUUCUUCCGUUUAUUAUGACAAAAUGGGGACGAUCAGCCUACUGGAAGAUGUGGCUUGUGACAAGCUUUGGAUCAGUAUCCUACAUGAUGUUCUUCUCUGGGAAAGAUCAGCGGUGAAGUGUGAAGAUGACACACAUCUGUACAUUGUGCAGCCUGAUGUGUGACCAGAUUUCAUCAGGCCUAGCUCCAGCAGUGGUCUGACUGUGUAAUUUGUUUUAACAGGGUUCACACUGGUCCUGGGGAAAGACUUCUGGUCCUGGAAAGUCCUAGAAAUCUGAAAUUUGGUAAUUAAAUCAAGCUGGUUGAUAUUU